GAUGUAAACAAACCACUUCUGUUUUCAGACAGAGACUGAGAGUUAGAGAGAGAGAGAGAGAGAGAGAGAGGGAGUCUAACCUCUUUUGCUGCCGAAGCCAUUGGAGAGAGGGAGGGAGACAGAUGCAGAGCUCUGAUCCAUCAACCCCCACCGGAAAAUCCAGGCCGUCCAUUCGUAGAACCUUCUAGAAACCCCCUUCACAUCCCAAAUUCCCUUCUUCCUUCUUCUUGAGAGAGAGAAAAGAAGAUGCAGAGUUCUUAUCCAUCAAACCACAGGGGAAAAUCUAGGCCGUCCUUUUCUAGAACCUUCUAGAAGAGAUCCAUCUCCGCAAAUUCCACUCUCAAGCACCUCCAAUUCUCUCCUUUCUCACUUAUUCCACCAAUCUUCCAAAUGCAAGACAUCCAUUCGAUGUCGGGGGCCGCGGGGAGAAUCUACGGUGGGGAUCGUCGGAUAAGGCCCCACCCCCACCAGGCCCUGAAAUGCCCGCGCUGCGAUUCUCUCAACACGAAAUUCUGCUACUACAACAACUACAACCUCUCUCAGCCACGCCAUUUCUGCAAAUCCUGCCGUCGCUACUGGACCAAGGGCGGCGUCCUUCGCAACGUACCGGUCGGCGGUGGAUGCCGCAAGACCAAGCGCUCCAAGCCCAAAUCCAACGGUUCAGAUGACACCACCACCGCUGCCGAUGAUGCCGCGGUCCACCGCCGAGAUCGCAAGACCGCCCCCGCGUCCCAUUCCAGCAGCGAAAGCUCCAGCCUCACCGCAACCGCUGCCGCUGCCACCGCCACCACCGACGCUGCAGCGUCGGUCGCUUCUUCGUCGGCGGCAGCGCUGCUGAAUUUCCCAGACUCAGCGCUUUUCCAGAGCCCGAUCGCGUCGAAUGCGAACGCGCAAUUCGAGCCGGCGGCAGUGUCGAUGAUCGACGACUCGACGAUCUUCCCUGAGACCGGGAGCUUCACGAGCUUGAUGACUGCUUCGAAUCCUGCACUCCUGGGGCUCAAUUUCGCUGAUCUGGCAGCGUCUGGACCGUUCAGAUACAACCAGCAACAGCACCAGCAGCAGCAGAAGAUGGCGGGUUUGAUGGAGGAGAUGAAACUGCAGGAGCUAACGGCAGGGUUUAUGGAUCAGACGGUUUCCGUUGAAUUGCCGCCAUUGCAGGGCAGAGGGAUUAACGGAGGUUUAACGGCGUUAGACUGGCAGGGUAACGGCGAUCAGGGGCUGUUUGAUUUGGCGGGUGGGGUCGUUGAUCAGGGGUAUUGGGCCCACAGCCAGUGGGCCGACAUUGAUCAGACGCUCCAUCUUCCUUGAUUUUUCUUUUUUUUUAUUUUAUUUUCUUUUUCUUUUUUUAACUGGAAAAAAUCUGAAAUAGAAAAAAAGGGAAAAGGGGAAAAUGUGAUUAUCUCCGUCUCUGUAAAUUUUUAUUUUUAUUUUUAUUUUUUGAGUCUUUUUUUA